AUGUUCGGUCGCGCGGAUAAACGCAUGUUCGAGCAGAAUUACGGCUUCCUACGCGAGGCGGAGGAGAAGGAAGAGGCGGAGCGGCGCUUCCGCAUCAAGUGCCUCAGGUGCGUCAUUCGCCGCUGCGAACUGGAGGAGGCCGGCGAGGACCUCGACGAGUACGACUUGUCCGACUACGAGCAGGAGGUCUUCGGCGAGGACCAUCAGCGCGAGCUGCGGGAGUUGAAGCUGGCACCGCCACAGCGACUCUACACGGAACUUGAGCAGCUUCAGCGCGCCUCGCAGCUGUACGUGUCCAAGACGCGCGAUGCCUCCGUCAAGGAUCGGCGAUCGAGCGUGAAGAAGGAGCUUCUGCGGAGGGAGGUGCUGGCCGUGAAGGCCGGCAGAAAGGCAAAGCCGUACUUCCCGAAGCGGGCCGAGGUGAAGCGUGCGAUGACAGCAGACACCUUCUCGCGCCUCAACGACAAGGGCGGCAAGGCCGCGGUGGAUCGCUACGUCAUCCGCAAGCGCACAAAAUAG